UGUGCGGAUAAAGCUAAGCACUCUGAUCGAUAACUCUAACCCUCACUCGUCUCUUUCGAUACCUCUUUCUCUCACAGAUCCGAUUUCGAGAUCAAAAAUGGCCGCCAAACGGUUUCUAACUGAUUCAGAAUCCGACCAAGAUCAGUCCGAUGAUAACAACCGGAAGAGACCACGAGUUUCCUUUGCUUCUGUGAUUGGAGAAGUGGUUAUGGUCAAAUCCAUGCAAAACCUUUUCUCAUCCUUGGAGCCUUUGCUGAGAAGAGUGGUGAGUGAAGAGGUUGACCAAGUUCUGCAGCGAUGCUCUCUCAACUUAACAAGGUCGCCUUCACUGAGAAUCCAAGCACUCGAGCCAUCGAGCUUAUAUCUGAUCUUUGGCAAGAGCCUCUCUCUCCCAAUCUUCACUGCAAGCAAGAUAUCAGACGAAGACAGCAACCAAAUCCAAAUCCUUGUUGUGGACAAGAACAUGAUGAGUGGCACCCACCAAAUGGCUCCGAUCUCUCUUCCACACCCGGUCAAAGUAGAAAUCGUUGUUCUUGACGGUGACUUCCCUAGUGGAGAUCAGGAGAACUGGACGAGUAAGGAAUUCGACAACAAUGUCUUGAAGGAGAGAACCGGGAAGAGGCCGUUGCUCACCGGAGACGUGAAUGUUACGGUGAGAGAUGGGUUUGCGACGGUCGGGGAUAUUGAGUUUACGGACAACUCGAGCUGGAUUCGGAGCAGGAAGUUUAGGCUUGGUGCAAGGGUGGCUCCCGGGUCGGGGUACCAGGGUCCGAGGAUAAGGGAAGCCAUGACUGAUGCUUUCGUUGUCAAAGAUCAUCGGGGAGAGUUGUACAAGAAGCAUCAUCCACCAAUGUUGGAAGACGAAGUUUGGAGGCUGGAGAAGAUCGGGAAAGAUGGAGCUUUUCACAAGAAGCUAGCAGCAAACAACAUUCAUACAGUUCAAGACUUCUUAAAGAUGUUCUUCGUGGACCACUUGAAACUUAAAAAGAUAUUAGGGAUUGGAAUGUCAGAAAAGAUGUGGGAAGUAACAGUGAAGCAUGCAAGAACAUGCCUGAUGGGUAACAAAAUGUACAUUUUUCGGGGUCCUCAUUUCGAGCUUUUCUUAUCUCCCGUAUGUCAAAUGAUGAAGGCUGUGAUCAAUGGCCAGAGUUUCCCUGCUCCGGACCUAAGUAACUACAAUAGGAACUACAUUGAGAACUUGGUGAGGCAAGCGCAUGCGAACUGGAAUUCCUUGGAGACGGUCGAUUGUACAGUGUUGAAUGAGACUGCCUUACUUACACAAGGUCAUGUAGAGGAUCAUCAGCACUAUCCUCAGGCAAUGAUGGUAAGGGCACUGGAUCAUCAUGAAGCGAUCGAUAAUGGGAAGCAGCAGCUAGCUGAUGAUCACAAGUGUAUCAGUAAUGUUGGAGCAGCUGGUUAUCUACAGAGCAACACCAUGAUGGGGUUUGAGUGCAGUGAUAAUUGGCAGGUCAGUUCACCAUACUCGUCGUUCAGCCCAUUGGUGGAUACUGGUGUCAUCAAGUGUAGCAUCUCAGCAGCAGACUCAUCAUCUUCAGAUGGGGAUUUAGGAUCUCAGGGUCUCUAGUCAAUGCCAUCUGAAUUAGUUUCCUCAUGACUCUCUGCAUGAUUGCAUCUAUAUAAUUUCGUUUUGUACUUGUACAUAUAAAUAUAUGGAACCAUUUACAAUGUAAUAUAUAC